UGAGCUGAACGCCGGAGUCAGAAAGCAGAGGAAACUCACAGACUCACAGCUGGCAAGCAGGAAAACUAAAGUCACUCUUGAACAUCGCAACUUGAACACUUUGGAAAAUGUGUAAAGGAUUAGCUGCCUUACCUCAGACCUGCCUGGAAAGGGCUAAAGAGAUCAAGACAAAAUUGGGAGUCUUUCUGAACAAGCCAGAAAAUGCCAUCGACCUCAUCAUCCCCUACCCGGAGAAGACUGAGAAGAAGCCGGAGAAACUGCAGAAGCCUAUCCCUGAGGAGGCUGCUCAGUGGCGUGAGAGUCUGGACCGGGUUCUGAAUAACAGCUAUGGUCUGGCAGCUUUCCGCAGCUACCUGCAGUCUGAGUUCAGUGAUGAGAACAUCGAGUUCUGGAUGGCCUGUGAGGACUUCAAGAAGACCAAGAACCCAGUGAAAAUGGCAGCCAAGGCCAAGAAGAUCUAUGAGGAUUUCAUCCAGUCUGAGGGACCCAGAGAGGUGAACAUCGAUCACUUCACCAAGGAUGUGACCCUGAGGAAUCUGGUGGAUCUCUCCCCGUCAACCUUUGACCUGGCUCAGAAGAGGAUUUUCGCCCUGAUGGAAAAAGACUCCUUCGCUCGCUUCCUCCGCUCUGAGCAGUACCAGGAGCUCCUGGUCAACUAAGCCAAACAUGAAUCUGAGGAGCUUGGGUGGGGAGGUUGGGGUUGUUUCAAUCAGCAGUUUUUAUUUUUCAUUAUCGUUCAUCCAAGACAAUCAGAAAGAAAUUGAAACCCCUUCAAUAAACUUGUAAUGGAAUCCGAACACCUCAAGGGCCUUUUUUUUUCAAUAAAAUUGUUUUAAAUUUCAAACAAGAUCAGUAAAAAUGUAGAACUGCCUUUUGAAAUGUCCCAGUCUCCUCACCUGACUUGAAAGUUCCUGGAGUGCCAGCAAAAUUAGGUCCAUUGAGAAAAUCUAAAGUCAAAUUUUGAAUUUCUAAACUGCUUUGAAACAUGUUAAAUUCAAAGAUAACAGAAAGUUUCUUUGAAAAUUUCCAAAUGUAUCGACUGUGUUUCAACAAUCUGAUUUGAAAAGAAAAAUUGGCAGAAAAAUAAUGUUUGUGUGAACAUCAAACCCUUUAAAAAUUGGAAAAAAAUUGUUGUUUUCACUUACUAAACACUGCAAAAAAAUUAACAUCUUAAAGUUAAUGUUUUAUUGGUCUGCCAAUAAAAAAGAGAAGCAUUUUGAGAUUUUCUUGGAUUGUAAAAAAGUAAACCGUCACACACCGUAUGCAGUCCGUUUUUGCUCACAUACUUAAAAUAGCUCCAAUUCGAGGCUGCCUCCGCCAUAAAUCUUCCCCUUCGCACACACAAGCCAUUAAAUUUGAUCACAUUUACAUAAAUCUUAGUACUGAUAUAUGUCUGAACACGGACAUCCAGAGCUCAAGAUAGAUGGAGUUUUUCCACAAUAAAACAUGCGAUUUGAAGGUUCACCUUAAAUGGCUGAAUCUUCCUCAGACAAAGCACAGUUGGCGGUUGCGUUGUCAUCCAGCAAAACUCCACAUAGGAGAUUUGCGUUUUUUUCUUCUUCUUUAUUAACAAGAAAACACCAGCAAUACCUGAGAUUGAUAUACUUUGACUACACAGAUUAAUGUCAGGAGUUAUUUUUUCUGCUGCACAAAAAUAGUCUCAUGGUGCAACACUGUAUUUCUAACGAUCGUCACGUAACUGUUCGUACCAAUCUCUCACACUCGCACAACAGCACUCUUUGGACUUGGAUCAAACCCCACCUUUUUUCGGGUUGUGAUCCUUCCUGUGGGAGCCAUCCCUUCAGAACAGUGCUGACUAGUUGGCUCAGCGGUGCAGCUCCUUGGCUGCCACUGCGCUGCACGUUGCUAAGAUGGGAAAACAAAGUAGGAGGGAAUCUCAGAAGAAGUUGUAAACAGAGCAGGAGCUUUAUACAAAGAUGGCUCUAUUUUUUUCUUUUUUUUUUCCCAUGUGAUAAUAACAAAGAUGUAUAUGUGCGCACGCCGAGAUCCUGAAAAGCUUCAGAUGAAAAUAUGGGAAGAAAGAACUUGGACGGCUCUGGCACUUGACAUUUCCCAUUAGAGCAGUGACUCUGACAUUUAAUGACUAAUCAUCCAGCAGAUCGUUUUUUUUUUCUUUCAAAGAUUUCUGGUGAAUGUCUUCAACCAAAGAAGGUUAUUUAACCCUUUAUAAUGUCAGCAAUAUUAACCAGCAUAUGUUUGACAGAAGAAAAGCCAGAUGGAGUACUUUAAGUUGGUAUACUAUGUUGAAAUGUCACUAUAGUUGUACUUAGAAUGUAGCAAUGUGAUUUUAUUUACUCCUAUUUUAACCAGCACGAAUAUUAUCGACAUAUUCAGCGGUUUAAGUCCUUAUUGUUCUCCAAAAUACACAUAUUUCAUUCAACAUACUUUCUGGAAAAACAUUCUUGUUGUGGCACAGAUUGAGCACUCUGGUGUCAUAAACUAAGAUAAAAAAAAAAAAAAAAACACAACAAAAAUAUCCCAACAUUGUCAAUAAGGGCUUUAACAACACUGGAUAUGCAUUAUGAAUGUAGCCUUGCAUGUACGUCUUGAAGUGGAUCACAUAAAAAUAUAUAUAUGCAUAAAAUUCCUGAAGAUGUAUUUAUUUAUACAUAUGUGUAAAUACAUUCUAAGUUAUAAUUCAAUGGAAGCCAUGACUUUAACGUGGCACCGACUCAGGUCUUUUCACUGUUUAUAAAGGACGACACACCUGA